CAAAGAUGUGGGCUCAGCUCCUUCUAGGAAUAUUGGCUCUAUCCCCAGCUAUUGCAGAAAAACUCCUUCCGAACUACCUGGUGACAUUGCCAGCCCAGUUGAAUUUUCCCUCUACUCAGAAGGUUUGUUUGGAUUUGAGCCCUGGGUACUAUGAUGUAAAAUUCACUAUUACUCUGGAGACCAAGGACAAGACCCAGAAGUUGCUAGAACACCAUGGGUUGAGGAAGAGGCACUUACAUUGCAUGUCUUUUUUGGUACCACCACCUGCAGGUGGCACAGAAGAAGUGGCUACAAUUCAGGUGUCGGGAACUGGAAAUAACGUCAGCUUUGAGGAAAAAAAAUCGGUUCUAAUUCAGAGGCAGAGGAAUGGCAUCUUUGUACAAACUGACAAACCUAUCUACAACCCAGGGCAGCGAGUGCACUUCCGAAUUGUCACCCUGAACAGCAACUUUGUUCCAAUGAAUGACAAGUAUUCUGUGGUGGAACUGCAAGACCCAAAUAGCAACAGGAUUGCACAGUGGCUGGAAGUGGUACCCGAACAAGGCAUCGUGGAGCUAUCCUUCCAACUGGCGCUACAGGCAAUGCUGGGCACCUACACAGUGGCAGUGGCUGAGGGCAAGACCUUUGGCACCUUCAGUGUGGAAGAAUAUGUGCUGCCUAAGUUCAAGGUGGAAGUGGUGGAACCCAAGCAGUUAUCAACAGCAGAGGAAUCUUUCAGGGUAAAAAUUUCUUGUAGGUACACCUAUGGAAAGCCCAUGGUAGGGGCGGUACAGGUAUCAGUGUGUCAAAAGGCAUAUACUUACCACUUUGGAGAGGCAGAACCAGAACAGCUACCUGACAGAUGCAGGAACCUCUCUGGACAGACGGACAAAGCCGGAUGCUUCUCAGCUUCUGUGAACAUGUCCACCUUCAACCUCACUGGUUAUCUGUACAGCCACAGCAUCAAUAUUGUGGCUGCUGUGGUGGAGGAAGGGACCGGCGUGGAGGCCAAUAGCACUCAGGAUAUCUACAUUUCUUCACAAAUAGGAUCAAUGACCUUUGAAGACACCAGUGAUUAUUAUUACCCCAAUUUCCCCUUCACCGGGAAGAUAAGAGUUAGGGGCCAUGACGGCUCCCUCCUCAAGAAUCAUAGAGUGUUUCUGAUGAUUUUUGGCAUAAAUGCAACCAUCAACCAUACCCUAAUUACUGACCACGAUGGCCUCGCUUACUUCACGCUGGACACGGUUAAUUGGAAUGGGACAGGCAUUUCUCUGGAGGGAAGAUUUCAAAUGGAAGAUUUGGUAUAUAAUCCAGAACAGGUGCCUCAAUACUACCAAAAUGCCUACCUGUACCUGCAACCCUUCUACAACGUAACUCGCAGCUUUCUCAGAAUCCACCGGUUAAGUGGCAUCUUGCAAUGUGGGCAGCCCCAGGAAGUGCUGGUGGAGUAUCACAUUGAUCCAGCUGAUGCAAACCCUGACUGGGAAAUCACCUUCUCCUACUAUUUAAUAGGGAAAGGAAGUUUGGAGAUGGAGGGGCAGAAACACCUGAACUCUAAAAAGAAUGGACUGAAAGGCUCCUUCUCUCUCUCACUGACAUUCAACUCCAGACUAGCCCCUGAUCCUUCCCUCGUGAUCUAUGCCAUUUUUCCCAAUGGAGGUGUUAUAGCUGACAAAGCUCAUUUCUCAGUAGAGAUGUGCUUUGACAAUCAGGUUUCCCUUGGCUUCUCACCUUCCCAGCAGCUUCCAGGAGCAAAUGUGGACCUACAUCUGCAGGCAGCUCCUGGGUCCCUGUGUGCAGUCCGGGCCGUGGAUGAGAGUGUCUCGCUCCUGAGGCCAGAGACAGAGCUGAGCAACCGCUCUGUCUAUGGGAUGUUCCCAUUCUGGUAUGGUCACUACCCCUAUCAGGUGGCUGAAUAUGAUGAGUGUCCAGUGUCUGACCCUAGGGACCUUCCUCAACCCCACGUUCUUCAAGUGACUGAAGAGCGCUGGAGCAAGCGUUCAGUUAUGUGGAGGCCCUGGUUCUCUAAAGGCAGGGACCUUUUCAGUUUCUUCCAGGACAUGGGACUGAAAAUACUGUCCAAUGCCAAAAUCAAGAAGCCAGUAGAUUGUAGUCACCAGUCUCUAAUAGACAGCAGUGAACACCGUGAAGUCCCCGUAGGCAGUGGUGCUGUUCGUCCACUGGCUUUUGGGUCCUCGCCUUCAUCAGUGUCCUCAGAGGAUUCUCAGGUCCGCCAGUACUUCCCAGAGACUUGGCUCUGGGAUCUGCUUCCUAUUGGUAACUCGGGGAAGGAGGCCAUGCACGUCACUGUUCCUGACAGCAUCACCACGUGGAAGGCCGUGACUUUUUGCACCUCUCAGUCCAGUGGCUUUGGUCUUUCACCCACUGUUGGCCUAACUGCAUUCAAGCCAUUUUUUGUGGAUUUGACUCUCCCUUACUCAGUAGUUCGUGGGGAAUCCUUUCGUCUUACUGCCACUAUCUUCAAUUAUCUAAAGGAUUGCAUCAGGGUUCAGACGAACCUGGCUAACUCAGAGGAAUACCAGGUGGAAUCAUGGGCAGAUUCUCAGGCCUCCAGCUGUCUUUGUGCUGAUGAAGCAAAAACUUAUCACUGGAAUAUCACAGCUAUCAAACUGGGUCAUGUAAACUUUACUAUCACUACUAAGAUUCUGGACAGCAACGAACUCUGUAGGGGCCAGAAAGGGUUUGUUCCAGAAAAGGGCCGGAGUGACACACUCAUCAAACCAGUUCUGGUCAAGCCCGAGGGUGUCCUUGUGGAGAAGACCCACAGCUCAUUGCUGUGCCCCAAAGGAAAAGUAGCCACAGAAUCCAUUUCCCUGGAACUCCCUGAAGAUGUUGUUCCUGAUUCAGUCAAGGCUUACGUUACUGUUUUGGGAGACAUUAUGGGCACAGCCCUGCAGAACCUAGACAAUUUGGUGCAGAUGCCAAGUGGCUGUGGGGAGCAGAACAUGGUGCUUUUUGCCCCCAUCAUCUAUGUCUUGCAGUACCUGGAGAAGUCAGCACUGCUGACCAAGGAAGUCAGGUCCCGAGCAGUGGGUUUCCUGGAGCAAGGCUACCAGAAGGAGCUAAUGUACAAACACAGCAAUGGCUCAUACAGUGCCUUUGGGGAGAAGGAUGGAAAUGGAAACACAUGGCUGACAGCCUUUGUCACCAAAUGCUUUGGCCAAGCUCAGGAAUUCAUUUUCAUUGAUGACAAGAACAUCCAGGAUGCGCUCAAGUGGAUGGCAGGAAACCAGCUCCCGAGCGGCUGCUACGCUAAUGUGGGAAAGCUCCUUCACACGGCUAUGAAGGGUGGUGUUGACGAUGAGAUCUCCUUGACCGCCUACAUCACGGCUGCCUUGCUGGAGAUGAAAAAGACCAUAGAUGACCCAAUGGUGAGUCGGGGUCUGCAGUGUCUCAAGAAUUCUGCUUCCUCCACCACCAGCCUCUACACACAGGCCCUGCUAGCUUACACGUUCUCUCUGGCUGGGGAGAUGGACAUCAGAAACAUCCUUCUGGAGCAGUUAGAUCGGCAGGCUAUCAUCUCAGGAGAGUCCAUUCACUGGAGCCAGAAACCUACUCGGUCAUCAGAUGACAGCCCUUGGGCUAAGCUUGAGGCUGUAGAUGUGGAACUCACGGCAUAUGUAUUGUUGGCCUGGCUUAGCAAAGCUAGUCUGACUCAGAAGGAGUUAGCCAAGGCCACUGGUAUAGUGGCUUGGUUGGCCAAACAACGCAAUGCAUACGGGGGCUUCUCUUCCACUCAGGAUACUGUAGUUGCUCUCCAAGCUCUUGCCAAAUAUGCCACCACUGCCUACAUGCCAUCUGAGGAAGUCAAGCUGGCUGUAAAAUCAGCUGAGAAUUUCCAGCACUCUUUCAGUGUUCAGGCUGCCAACCGGUUGGUACUUCAGCAAGAGACUCUGCCCAGUGUCCCUGGAGUGUACACCUUGGAGGCCACAGGCCAGGGCUGUGCCUAUGUGCAGACGGUGCUGAGAUACAAUAUUCUCCCUCCUAAAAAUGUGGAGACCUUUAGUCUUAGUGUGGAAAUGGGAAAAGCUAGAUGUGCCCAACCACCUUCACCUCGAUCCUUGACUCUCACGAUCCACACCAGUUAUGUGGGGAGUCGCAGCUCUUCCAACAUGGCCAUUGUGGAAGUGAAGAUGCUUUCUGGGUUCAGCCCCAUGGAGGGCACCGAUCAGUUACUUCUCCAGCAACCACUGGUGAAGAAGGUUGAGUCUGGAGCUGACACACUUAACAUUUACUUGGAAGAGCUCAACAAGAAGACUCAGACUUACACCUUCACCAUCAGCCAGAGCGUGUUAGUCACAAACCUGAAACCGGCAACCAUCAAGGUCUAUGAUUACUACUCACCAGAGGAACAGGCGACGAUUCAGUAUUCGGAUCCCUGUGAGUGAGGACAGAUGUUGGAGAGAGGCUACAUUAAUCCUCUACGACGUUAUUCUUCUGGACAGCAUUCUUCUGCCUCUUAAAAGCUGACCUCAUUCGAUCAAAUGACUUGAUUUCUCUAAACCAUCUAGUGAGUGGCUAACAGAUGGACAGGACUGAAGCUCAGCUACUUUUGACUACUUCACAAGACACUUAGAUGCCAAAAUAAAGGGUUGGGGGAGAAGGCUAGGGAUUAUCACACGCAGGAAGAAGGAAUGCCGUGGGAAAGAUCGCUGGGGGAGGAGAUGUGGGUUAGCCCCUUAGGAGGCUCUGCGGGGAGGAGACGGUGGUAGAGGAUGGUACGGGAAGAUAAGGAUGUCUUCCUGGGAGUUAAAUCUAGGGGAAGGUAUUAUUUAGUUAGGGCUUUGGAAAUAGACUAAAAACAAUAAAUGUUUUUUCUUGAAAAGAAAA